AACGGGUACUGAGGGAGGUGACGUGGUUUGGGGGUCAGGGCUGGGGCAGGCAGGCAGACGCCUGGGGUUCUGAUUCGGAGACUCUGCGGGAGGGACCUCCGGCGUGGGUCGCGAUUUGCAGUAGCCCAGCUUCGUCUGCGCUCAGCUCACGUGGGCCAUCAACAGGGAUAACUAAGUGUCACUGAGCGCUCACCGUGCAAGCCAUCAAGUGCCCUUGAGGGCUUUAGAGCCAUUAUCUCAGUCGGUGCGUUCUGAGUCCUCGUUUUGAAAGAUGGAGAAACUGAGGUGCAGAGAGGUGGAGUAACUUGCCCGAGGACCCAGAGCUAGUGACUGCAGGAGCCAGGAUUGGAACCCAGAUCUGGCCCCAAGGCAUCUUUCACUGCACUUCUCAAGGUGUAGAACUGUGCAGCUCAUAAAAUCCUUGGGCUGCGGGUUGGCGCCUCCAUCCCUGCCCCCUCUCCAUGACUAGGCUAAGAACACAGUGUUCCCCUUCAGCACUCGAGGUGACGCGGUAACCUGGCAGACACUUGGAAGGAUGUUAGACGGAUCUCGCGGAUUUGUUCUCCACUAGGACGUUGAUUGUUCCGGGAGAUGUUCGCACAGCCUUAUGGGUCCAGCGCCGAGCCCAGAGUUGGCCCGCCCUGGGUACUUGUUCAAUGAAUGAAGGCUGUGCCUCCUUUCCUACACCUCCUUGAACCUCCUGGAGGAAAGAGGACCAGUUUGAGUCAGACCCUGUCCCACUCACUGGCUGUGUGUCUUUGGGUGAAUGUCUUACCUUCUCUGGGCUUCUCAGUGGUAAAGUGGAAGUAGUGGUCCCUGUCUUGCGCAUCUUGCGUGAAGACCCCACGAGGCUGCCCUUCUCCGAGCUGUGCCGCGGAUGCCAGGGCCGGCCGCCCGGGGAGGGCCUCUCUCCCGGCUGUGGUGCUGCCCUGGGCAGGAUCCUAGGAGAUGGCUGGGGAGCAGGCCACCCACCUCCCAGGAGAAACCGCCAGGCACAGAGACAGAGAAAUUCCAGAUGGUCUACCGAUUUGAUGCCAUCAGAGCCUUCGGCUACUUGUCGCAGCUGAAGGUGGCGCAGACGGCCCUGACAGUGGUGGCCCUGCCGCCCGGCUUCUACUGGUACUCGCAGGGCCUCAUGACCCUCGACUCCCUGUGCCUCGUGGGCGGGAUCGCUGGCUUCGCCCUGGCCAUGCUGUGCUGGAUGAGCCACUUCUUCCGGAGGCUGGUGGGCAUCCUGUACGUGAACGAGUCGGGCACCGUGCUGCGGGUGGCCCACCUGACCUUCUGGGGCUGGCGACAGGACACCUACUGCCCUGUGGCCGACGUGGUCCCCAUAACGGAAACCCAGGACCGGCCCCAGGAGCUGUUCGUGCGUAUCCAGCAGUACAGCGGGAAACACACCUUCUACCUCACCCUGCGCUACGGCCGCGUGCUCGACAGGGAGCGCUUCAUGCGGGUGUUUGGGACAUUGGAUGCACUCAAGUGAGCCGCUGGGAGCCGGGCCUCUGGGUAGCCCUGGGCCACCUGGACCUCCACCGGGAAGGCGGAGGGUGUGGGUGAGGCCGAAGAAGGGGACGGGGCACUGGAGACUGCCAGGGCCCCCCGGGGACUUGUCUUUUGGGACGUGGAAACUCACAAGGCAGAAGCUAGUGACCGGGCUUAGGGAAGGGGCCUGUAGUGGGAAUUCUUACUGCACUCGUGUGUGACAUUCAGUCAGACGAGGCCCGGAAGUUUCUAGGAGCCAGGCCUUGGAGGAAGCUAUGCCAACUCCGUGUCCUGGGGCAGGUUAUUGAGUCUGUCUGAACCUUGGUUUUCAGAUCUGUAAAAUGGAAAUCCUGCCUGUGUGUGGGAUGGGUGUGAGAACAAACGAACGUCAGGUGUUAGUUCAGAGGUGACGGGGCGGUGGAAGGCGUCCAGCAUUCAGUGGGGUUUCCUGAGCCCUGUGCUCUGCCCCUCAUGGGCCCAGCAGCAGAAGGGACUGGGAGGAAGGCGAGAGCUGGGUCGUCACGUCCUGCCAGGAUGGUAGCUGCACAGUGACUGGGGCAGGGACGUUGUCCGAGCGAGCACAGCCCCCUGCUGGGACUGCUGGCCGCCCAGAGGUCUAAGGGCCUGCAUUUGCAGUGUGACAGAGUCAGGUGGACUAUACGCCAGUGCAUUAUUUUAUAAACUAAAGCCAGUUAUCUGUGCUGCCCCCUAUAAGUAGUAAUAUAUGUUUAUUAUACAAUUUGUAGCAGAGUAAGGAAGUAUUAUGACCUUUAUAAUUCUGCCACUGAAAAGUCAAUAAAUAUUUUGUUCUGUA